CCCGGCUUGCAUUACUGCCUCCGCGAGGUGCUCGGCGUUCAGUUCACAGCUUUCCUAUCAACUCAGCUUUACAUUUCUCUCAGGCUGCGCUCAGACACUUUGUCGAGGAGAGAAAAAGAGCCAAAGACGGCAAAGGAAUAGGGAGAGAGGUAGAUCAGAAGAAGGAAAAAAAGCUGGACUUGUCCAUCUUCUCCUAAAACUGUGUUAGUGUUUGGAGCAGACGGACUCAGGCACAGGAGAGUGGCAGCCCUGCAGAGAGAGUGCAGUUUGUGUUAUUGCUCUACGGGGAGUGUGGUUUAUCAGAGAGGAAGGGAGAGAGCUGCCUGUUGUCGUAGUCUCUCCCCUGAGUGGCUGAGGGUGGCUCUUGGUGACAGGAAACGCUAGGCUUGCAAUGAGACCUGAGCGCUGAGUGGAGUAUGCUGCAGACGAUUUACGAGGGCGAGUCAAGUUUCUCCACAACAGAAAGGCGCGUUGGACACCAGCAGUUACCCAACCAGAGCAAGAUGCACAACGUGAACAACUCAGUGGACAUUAAGCCAGACGUGCCUUUGGCUGUAGAGUCCUUAUCUCCGUUGGACCUGCGUACAGAUCUGAGGAUGCUAGGGUCAGGCUCUGACCCGGGACUGUGGGAGAGGCAGCUGCAGCAGGAGCUGCUCCUCAUUCAGAAGCAGCAGCAGAUCCAGAAGCAGCUACUAAUCAGCGAGUUCCAGAAGCAGCAUGAGAAGUUGACCCGUCAGCACCAGGCUCAGCUCCAAGAGCACCUCAAGCUCCAGCACAAUCUCCAGGCCAUGAAACAGCAGCAGGAGUUUGCAGAGAAGGAACGUCGUCUGGAGAAGCAGCAGAGCCAGCAGGAGAAGGAGCAGGAGAGGAAUCGGCGAGAGCAGCAUGUUUCCAGCCUGAACCUCAGGGGCAAGGAGCGCUCCCGAGAGGGAGCUGUGGCAAGUACCGAGGUGAAGCAGAAACUCCAAGAGUUUCUGUUAAGCAAAUCAGCAAAGGACCCUGCAGGCAAUGGAGUCAAUCAUUCUUUCAUCCACCAACCGAAGCUCUGGUACAUGUCCUCUCACCACACAUCACUGGACCAAAGCUCUCCACCUCUGGGCGGCACAUCCCCCACCUGCCGGUACACUCUGCAAUCACCCUUCGAGAGCAAGGACAACUUCCCCUUGAGAAAGACAGCCUCUGAGCCCAACCUGAAAAUACGAUCCAGACUGAAGCAGAAGGUAGCAGAGCGGAGGAGCAGCCCGAUGCUCAAGAGAAGAGAUGGAAACAUCAUGACUCCAUCCAAGAAGAGGGCUCUGGAACUAAUGGACUCUACGCCCACUAACAGUGCCCCUGGCUCCGGCCCCAGCUCUCCCAUUGGGGCCUCCAGUGCCUUGGGGGCAGAAAAUGGACCCUCCUCUCUGCCGACUACCACAAAAACUGAGAGAUGGCCUUCACAGCCGAGGUUAUUCCGACCUGAGGGCUCUGUGUCGAUGCUGAGCUUAUACACUUCUCCCUCUUUACCCAACAUCUCCUUGGGGCUUUCAACGGCAUCCUCACCCAUUAGUGCCGCCAUCGGGUUGGCGGACAGAUCGACAGAAAUUAAACACGGGCUGCCCCUGCUGGGCCCCGUGCCUCUUCAGACGGGCCUCGAGUCCAAAGUGAACCCCAGCCACCAGGCGCUCCUCCAGCACCUCCUGCAGAAGGAGCAGAUGAGGCAGCAGAAGUUGCUCUCCUCUGGCCAGGGCACCAUGUCAUCCCACCCUCAGUCCCCUCUGGCCAUGAAGGAUCGCCCCUCCAGCAGUCGGCCGAAACUACCAAAACACCGACCCUUGAACAGGACUCAGUCAGCGCCGCUGCCUCAGAACACACUGGCCCAACUUGUCAUCCAGCAGCAACACCAGCACUUCCUGGAGAAACAGAAACUGUACCAGCAGCAGAUCCAUAUAAAUAAGCUGCUGUCGAAGUCCAUUGAGCAGUUACGUCAGCCCAGCGCACACCUGCAGGAAUCCGAAGAAGAGCAGGAGGAGCAGCACAGAGAGCUGACAGCGAGCAUGCAGGAGGACAGGCUGCCCCCUGGAGGAGUCAUCCGGAAGCACACGCUGAGCAGUAGCAGCAGCAAUGGCUCGAGCGGUGAGCUUCCCGACGCUCACUACGGGGUCAUCAGGGUCAAGGAGGAGCCGGCUGAUAGUGAAGAUGAGGUCCUGACCAAUCCGGGCUUAGAGCCGGAGCAGAGCAACUAUCUCCACCAGGUCAAAGGCCGACUGGUGAUAAGAGCCAUGAUCUGAGAAGGGGAGAGGAUGAGAUCACACACUUGCAACAUUCGCAGAUAAACAAAGAUGUGCAUCUACAUCCCUUCAGUUUACACACACACACGUACACACACACACAUACAGUAUACACACACAGUACACACACACACACUGCAGCCAUUGCACAGUAGGCCAGCUCUCCCUGUUACGACAUACGACCCCUUCUCACUCAGCUGCAGCCCACUCUAAGACUCUCUGUUUGUGAUCUUUGUGUUGUGAUCUCUGCAAAAUAUGUACGUUUCACUUUUGUGUAUAUAAUAUGAAGACAAUUUAGACCGUUCUUUUUAAGAGCUGCUUUGAUCUUAGAGUCCGCUCAACUGACAAAAAGCUGUAUGUACAAAUACUGUGGAUUCAGCAUCAGAGAUGAUUUCUAGAGGGAAUGUUAAACAGCUGUUCAGCUUUGAAGAGCCAAUUUAUGUUCCCGUUGUGUACAUUUUUGCCAUGAAACAUUUGAAUGCUCUUCUAUCCACUUUGAGAGUUAUCAUAGAGUUUAAGGAAUUGGACACACGACUCACUCGCUCUUCUCCAAUAUCUGUUAGGAUCUUCCACGUUAAGUGGUCUCAGAACUGAAACCGUAACGAACAUCUUCUCAGAGAGAAUGGAUGCUGAAAUCCUUACUGAGGUCUCUUCCUUGGGGCGGACUUUUACGCUAAGAGCGACGUUGCCAUUGGAAUAUGGUCCACUGCUCAUAUUGAAAUCUGAAGGAUAAAGCACUAAAUCUCCGCUUGGCUGUGCAGGCAUCUCCAAACACACCCGUGUCUCCAUGGCGCUCUCUCUCUCGGAGCGGUCCCAGAGCCAGGGCUCUGUGUUAAGCCGAGCUCUCCUCCCUCUGGGUCCAAAUCAAAGCUUGGCGGGUUCCUGCCCAGCUUUCAGCAGAGGAGUCAGACAGAGAGAAAGAGAGAGAGAGGGCCGGGCAGGAAAUGCCUUCUAGAAGCCAGGAGUUGGAGUGAUUCAUGUGUGCAGGAAUGUUGAGAGAGGAGGACCUCGGGUUUGAGGAGUCCAAGGGGCCAGGCUUGAGAAUUGAUUUACUGUCAAGGCGAAUUACAAAGUGAGUGGGGAGAUGGUUAAGGGAGUCCUUUUUUAAAGGGAAUCGCUUCCUACAUAUUCCCUCGUGGCAUGCUUACCUCGACAUGCAGGUUUGAUGUUACCUCAAUAAAAAUAAAAAACGACAGGACGUUG